GGAGGCGGAGCUUCACUAUCCCCUCAACCACAACAAAGAUGGAGGCGCUUAAUGACCGCUAGACUGUCCCAUUUUCAUCGCGGCGCGCUCAAACCGGCGUUGAACAGAAUAUGGACGCGUCGAGUCUAGUAGAGGAGAGCGCGGAGAAACGCGUUUGCAUCGUCGGCUCCGAGCUGGUGGAGAAUUACACGGUUUACGUCAUUGAAGUGAAGGUUGGAGAUCACAGUUGGACCGUCAAACACCGUUACAGCGACUUUCACGAUUUGCACGAGAAACUCACCGCGGAGAAGAAGAUCGAUAAACAUCUGCUGCCACCCAAAAAGAUCAUCGGGAAGAAUUCCAAAAGCCUGGUGGAGAAGAGACAGAAAGAGCUGGAGGUUUAUCUGCAGACUCUGCUGAACAGAUUACCAUCCGCAACCCCCAAAGUGCUUUCCACCUUCCUGCAUUAUCACUUAUACGAAGUCAAUGGAAUUGCUGCUGGCUUGGCGGAAGAGCUGUUUCAUAAGGGUGAGCAGCUGUUAGCCGCAGGCGAGGUGUUUCUCCUGAGACCCCUGCAGCUCUACGCCAUCACCCAGCAACUAAAACUCGCCAAGCCCACCUGUGCCAACGGAGAUGCCAAGGCCGACCUCGGGCACAUCCUGGACUUCACCUGCCGCCUCAAAUAUCUCAAGAUCCCUGGAAUGAAAGGAGCGGUGGGUACGAGUAACAUUGAGGAGCAGAGCCUCCCGUUCGACCUGUCCAUCUUUAAAGCGCUGCUGCAGAUAGAAAUCAGCGAUUGUGACGCUGGACAGAUCAAAGGUCUGCCUUCCCUGAGACCCACGCUGGCCACGCUCAGCAUUCACCGGUCAACCAACAGCAUGAAGGAAAUCGUAGUUCCCGAGGCGACGGAGUUUGCGCAGUGGGAGCCGGAGGGUGUUGAUACGGAUUGUCCCGUGACGGCGAUUAUUCCCAAAUGGAAGAUGCUCACCACUCUCGACAUGAGCCGAAACUUUAUUUGCUGCACCGACGAAUCAGUGAAACUGAUCCCUGCUGUUGAAUUCCUUGAUCUCAGCCACAAUGAGUUAACUUCUGUGGAAAACCUUCAGCAUUUAUACAACUUGGUUCAUCUGAAUUUGUCCUUCAACAAACUCACAGUCCUGGAGGGCGUCCACACUAAACUCGGUAACAUCAAGACUCUCAUUCUGGCCGGGAAUCAGAUGGAAACCCUCUCUGGACUCAGCAAACUUUACUCUUUAGUUAACUUGGAUUUAAGCAGCAACAAAUUAGGCCAGCUGGAUGAAAUGAAACACAUCAGCGCUCUUCCCUGUCUGGAAAAACUGGCUUUGGCCAAUAACCCCAUGUGUAUCAUCCCAGACUACAGAACUAAAGUUCUAGCUCAGUUCUGCGACCGGGCCUCGGAGGUGUGUUUGGACGGCACGGCCACCACGGAGAAAGAGUUUGAUACUGUUGAGGUCCUGAAAGCCAUUCAGAAAGCCAAAGAAGCCAAAGGCCGCAUGGCAAACAACGAGAAAAAGGUGAGUGACGUCCCGGGGCCGGCCGCGGGUGGGCCGCAGUCGUCGUCCUCCUCCGCCUCUCCCUCUCUGUCGCGCUCCACCUGCUCCAGUCAAGAAGUAACUUGUAAAGAGAAAGCGUUUUUUACCAAAGAGAUAUUAACUCCUGUGGAUUCUACAAUUACCCAGAGAUGCUAUGAUGUUUAUAAUAAAACCUGUGAUGUCAUCCCGCAGGUAAAAACUGAUUCCUGUUUGUCCUCAGACGUCCCUUGUGAGAGUGUCAGUCCCUGUUGCUUUGAGGAGAUCUGGCAACCCUGGACCACAAGUCUUUCCAAUCUCCUCCUGCCUCCUUCAUUACUCCUCUACAACACCACCAACCAAGAGUUCACCGGCAAACUUUCUGCUCUCAUCCGUUCUUCUAACAAAGAAAAGUCAACCCCGAAACCACACAGCACCACUUCUUUAGAUGACACAGACCAGGACUGUCUUCACUCGGGAGAUGGAUACUUUGAAAUGAGUUUGGAUGAUAGUGAAGAAAUCAUGGGCUGUUCCUCAUCAUCAACCGUUCAGGAUGAUGCUAAGGACUCGGACGAUGUAAAUAUGGUGGUUUGGUGUUUUUGCGUCAGCGUUGGAGAAGGUUUGAGUCAGCGGCCAUCUUGUUUGGUGGCGACGGACAGCUCGCUUGUGCUUUUCAGUGCACGGAUACAGUUAGAAGAACCAGCGAGCACCUCGGAGGAGCUUGUGAAGCACCUUGAGAAAGACUUUGUCGUGUCGUACGCUGACGUCGAGACCUUUCGGUUUGACGUUCCAGAUGUUUGCGUCUCCUUAAAGGUGAAGUCCAGCAAUACGCGAUGGUGGUUCUUUUCAGACGCCCAGAGUCUGAAGGAACUUCACUCUUGCGUUGGUCCUCACGUGAACCAAACUAACGUUACCUCUAAUGCUCAACAGUUCAUCCGACAGUUUCUCAACUCGUGGGAUUUUGAGGAAAACGAGGCGAAUGUUAAAGGCGGACACUUGAUCCAUUUCUUCAACCCAGAUUCCAUGUCUACCUCCAUUAACAACCCACGAAUCCCCUCUGAUGUUUUAUCUCAAAUCGGCCUGUUUGAAAGCGAUAAAGACCCAACCUCCAAUCCCAUGAUCCUCUUCCUGACCUCUCGCCACCUCUGUGUUCUCAAAGUCGACUUCGUCGCCCUGGCGGGUCAGGACCCCUCGGAGGCGAACGUGGUGCGUGGCUGCUCCAAAAUAACCAGGAUCCCGCUUUCCUUCACGCUCCUCGAGCCCAAGCAGGGUUGCUCGUGUAGGGGCAUCUCAACUUCUCACGGUUUCCACGGCGAGCAUGUCGUAGAGUUGAUGGCGGGUCACAAACACCUGACUGUCGUUUUCGCCCUGUCCCAAGACAAACCCGCCUUACUCCAAGAGUUCACCCGGCUGCGUGGAAACCUGAGAGAAAUUAAGACCAUCGCCCUACUGCGCAACAGUCGUCUCGAGCACUCGACAACAACCCAAAGAAAUCCAAACACCAGCGUUACUCGUGAAGCGUCACAGCCUCGUCUGUCCCUGUCUCUGCUGUAUCCCGCCGAAUCCCUCAUUCAACAACUGAUCGAAGAUAACCAGUGUCCCUCACACCUCACGCUCUCCUCUUCAUUACGUUUCAUCUCGUCUCUGAAUGGAGAGACGCUCGUACACUUCUUUCAUGCCAACAUCGCAGAGGUGGAGAACGAGGAGCUGAAGAUGAUUCUGUGGACCUCAGUGCUCUUAUACAGAUCUCCAGAUGUGGAGAUAACCGCCUGUGUCCUGCUGUCCACCAGAGCCGUCUAUCUCAUCCUGGACGAUUCGGCAGCAAUGCUCACCAACCAUUCCAUGAUGUGGACCUGGCAACCGUCUGAGCAGAAAGAUUCUGACAUCCUCAUCUCCUACGGCUUCACUCUCAAUCUGAAGGACCUUCAGAGCGUCAACGUGGGCCUGUUUGAUCAGUAUUUCAGAAUCGUGGGGCCGUCCGGCGAUCGCAUCAUCACCUGUCUGACCCGUGACAGUUACAGUACACACCGGUUCCUCCAGCAGGUGAUGACCGUUCUGUCUCUGCUGGAGAAGGUUCCCUCACCUGAGCCGUCUGAGAUGGACUUCUACUCGCAGUUCGGAAACAAAAGCACAGGUAAAAUGGAAAACUACGAACUGGUCCACUCCAGCAAAGUCAAGUUUGUGUACCCCAGCGAAGAAGAGAUCGGAGACCUGACCUUCAUCGUGGCCGAAAGGAAGAGCCCUCAACCUCAAUCCCACUCCUUCAACAUCCUUCUCUACGUCCUGGUGUUCCAGGUCCACGUCAUCCCGGGCCAAACCGCCCAGAGCCUCCUCCAGCCCAAGACCCUCAUCCUCACCAGCACGGACGUCUUCCUGCUGGACGAAGAUCACAUUAGCUAUCCCCUACCCGAAUUCGCAAAAGAGCCCCCGCAGAGAGACAAGUACCGCCUCACAGACGCACGGCGGAUUCGCGAUCUGGACCGCGUGCUGAUGGGAUACCAGACUUACCCGCAAGCCCUCACGCUGGUGUUCGAUGACGUUCCUGGGCCUGAUCUUCUGUGUCACCUGACCAUGGAUCAUUUUGCGGAGAGCGAAGGGAGGGGGGACAGAACGCAGGGGGGUGCUGAGGGCGAGGUGCAGUGGUGCAUAUUCGUGCCGGGGGCUGACAGCAGGGAACGGCUGAUUUCUCUUUUGGCUCGCCAGUGGGAGGCACUGUGCAGUCGAGAGCUGCCGGUGGAGCUCACGGGCUGAGACAUAAAAAACUCACUUCCGUAUAACAGUGGUCAUUAAAAACGGACGAUUAUUUACCCAAUGCGGUGAAGAUUUCGCUUUCAUAAACUUUUUUUAUAGAUUUGACACAAUGCAUCCUGGGAAACUAAGUGUUGUAGAGUCCACACGAGUUUAAUAUAUAUACAGAAUUUUUUAUGAUAUUUUUCCUCAUACUUCAGACUUUGCUUUUCGCUGCUUUUCAUUUAUUUAUCUGCUGCUUUGUACAAUCCAACAUUCAUCAUGAAAUGAAAUGUUAUACAGUUUCGUGCAACAGUGUUAUAUUUUAAUUUGACAUAAACGCGUGCGUUCGUCAAACGCAGCGAAGUGUUUUAAUGACGGAUAAUAUAUAUGUAAGUCGUUUUUAUACAUAAAUGCUGUUUUAUUAAUUAGUUAACUAUUUUAUUGUAUUUUAGAAAGUGUUCAGUGAGUCAGUGGAUUUAUUUUCUGAUUCGUAACGGGAAACCACAGAGCACGUGUUUACAGAAUGCGUUCAGAUCAAUGGGGGAAUUCAUAUUUAACGUGCACUUUGAAUUUUUAAGAAAAUAAAUGACGGUAAAUUGAAAUAAUUUUGUUAAUGUUGUUUAUAUGUAUUAUUCUUUCUUUUAAAAAAACAGCAUUAUUUCUGUUGCAAUAUAAAAAAAUAAAACAAACAACCUUUU